AUGCCGGAUGAGCUGACCGAACCCGGGCGCGCCACGCCAGCCCGCGCCUCUUCCUUCCUCAUCGAGAACCUGCUGGCAGCCGAGGCCAAGGGUGCAGGGCGCGCAACCCAGGGCGAUGGCGUCCGCGAAGAGGAGGAAGAUGACGAGGACCCCGAGGAUGAGGACCCAGAGCAGGCGCGGAGGCAACGGCUGCAGAGGCGGCGACAGCUACGCGCGGGCAGCGGGCCGGGCGGGGAUGCGAGGGCGCGGGCGCUGGGCCUCGGGCCCCGGCCACCUCCCGGGCCCGGGCCGCCCUUCGCGCUCGGCUGCGGAGGCACGACGCGGUGGUACCCACGGGCCCACAGCGGCUACGGAGGUGGCCUGAGUCCUGACACAAGCGACCGGGACUCUCCGGAGGCCUGCGAGGAGAUGGGUCGCGCAGAGAGUUCGUGGCCGCGGUGUCCCGGGCCGGGAGCCUUGCCGCGGGAGGCGACGACGCAGGGCCAAGCGGCCGGCGGGGAGGAGGCGGCGGAGCUGGCAGAGGCCCCGGCGGCAGUGGCGGCUGCAGCAGGGGAGGCGCGCGGUGGCCGCAAGAAGAAGACGCGCACGGUUUUCUCGCGCAGCCAGGUCUUCCAACUCGAGUCCACCUUCGACCUGAAGCGCUACCUGAGCAGCGCGGAGCGGGCAGGCCUCGCCGCCUCGCUGCAGCUCACCGAGACGCAGGUCAAGAUCUGGUUCCAGAACCGUCGCAACAAGUGGAAGCGGCAGCUGGCGGCGGAGCUGGAGGCGGCCAGCUUGUCCCCUCCGAGCGCGCAGCGUCUGGUCCGCGUGCCGGUGCUCUACCAUGAGAGUCCCCCGGCGGCCGCAGGGCCCGCGCUACCCUUUCCGCUGGCACCGCCCGCACCCGCUCCGCCGCCCCCGCUGCUCGGUUUCUCGGGCGCGCUGGCUUACCCGCUGGCUGCCUUCCCCGCUGCUGCCUCGGUGCCCUUCCUGCGCGCGCAGAUGCCGGGGCUGGUGUGAGCCCGCGCCCUCAGUGCAGGCGCACCUCGCACUACCUUGGGCUGACAUCUCUGUGGGCAGCCGCUCCAGAGUGUACCAGGCAGCGGCAGCGGGAGACUCGCAGCCAGCUACAGGGCUGGAGCCCGGCUCGGAGGCAAGCGGCAAUGCGACAACUCUGGCCGGCACUGAGUGCUGAGCAGAUUCGGGCAAACGGACACUUGGAACGGGCUGGCCACGGAACCGCAUGGUGACUGUCCCCGAGGCACCCUGCUCCUAACUACAAAUGGCCCCUUCUCCCAGGAACUUAGACA